AAUGACUUGAUUCCAGGACCGAAAUAGUUCGGUUGUCUCGAGGUCUAAAACAUCUUUCGCGUGCAGAUGAUGGCGGUAAAUAGAAGCGGAACGCAUUUUGUAUUUUUUUUUUUUUUACAAAUACAACAAACAGUUAUUUAAGGGAUCAACUACUGACAUUGUCGUGUAGUGUUUUGUCAACCUCUGGAAGUUAGGGUUUCAUUUUACUGUUAGCUAGAUAGCUACAUUGCAGGUUUUCUGAGAAUCUGUGACUUUAUUUGUAUGUUGACCUCCCGGUGUUUUGUUUGAAGAUGUACUCAAAAGUUGAUAUACGACACAUUUAGCUUUGUUUACAUUGUGGAUUCUAGCUAGCAUGCUAGCUAGUUAGAUGGCAAAACGGCAGUGAUUUUUUUUCUCCGUGUAGUCAACCAUAUCAACCAGAAGUUGUUCAGUGUUCACAAGAGUGGAUUUCAGACUAGUCUUUGUUCUGAUGGCUAGCAAGCCUAGCUAGCUUAGCUAAUGCUAGCCAUCAUCAGGCUAUUGAUUCUCUGCAUUGUGUUAAAUUAAAGAAAUAAAGAACACCGGUAUAAGGGACACCAUUAUGAGUUUAUUCAGGAUCCGGAACCAGACAUGAGUGAAGCUGAUUGAAUGCACCUGAAGGUCCCUUUGCUUAUGUUGAAAGAACACUGACUUACAUCAGCACACAGUGUUUUUUACAGAUGAGCUGCUGCUUGGCACAGAGGCGUGUGUCCUGACGCUGUGGGCAGGCACAUGUGCAUCUGGAGAGAUGGACCGCUGUAAGCACGUGGGGCGUCUUCGCCUAGGCCACGAACACUCCAUCCUCAACUCACAGAAAUGGCGCUGUAUGGACUGCUGCACCACCGAGUCAGUGUGGGCCUGUCUCAAGUGUUCCCACGUGGCCUGUGGCCGCUUCAUGGAGGAGCACUCCCUCAAACACUUCCAGGAGUCAAACCACCCCCUGGCCAUGGAGGUGCGGGAGCUGGACGUCUUCUGCUUCGCCUGUGGGGACUAUGUGCUCAACGACAAUGCUGAAGGAGACCUCAAGCUCCUGCGAGGGGCGCUCUCCACUGUGCGCAGCCCUGGCAGGCGCUCCCUGCGCUCCUCUGCAGGGGGUGACUGCAACCCCUGGGUGGGCGAGAGCGGGCCCCAGCCUGCCAUGCAGACGGCGUUAUGGCACCGAAGGAAGGUGCUGCUGGGGAAGAUGCUGCGCCGCUGGAGGAGCCGGCAGCAGGAGGAACAGAGCCAGCGGGAGGAGAAACUUGAGGAGGUCCGGCGCCAGAAGAAUGAGGUGAAGAGGAGACUCAUGGGAGAGCUGGCCAAUGUGCCGCCCAGGAAGAGUGCCAGGCUGCUCACCCAGGCACCCCGCUCAACCAUCACACUCAUCCCCCUGAAGUUCCGCGACCCUCCGGAGCGUCUGCCUCCGCCCAAAAAGCCCUCCCUUCUAUCCCUGAAGCCCCCCAGCAAUGGCAGGACCCGUAAACUCAAAGUACGGAGGUACUACUCCUCCCAUAAAGCGACCCGUCGUAGACUGGCCCCGGGGGUCACAGGGCUACGUAACCUUGGGAACACGUGCUACAUGAACUCUAUCUUACAGGUGCUGAGCCACCUGCAGAAAUUCAGGGAGUGCUUCCUCACAUUGGACAUGUGUGAGACUGAGGAGCUGCUGGCCAAGACAAACCAGGGUGUGGCUGGGGCUGUGGUGGGGAGUGGUAGUGCAGCCACACCAGGCUGCCCUCUGGGACGUGGCAUGGGGAAGGCAGCCAGUGGGGGUCUCACUGCUGUCAGCAAGCAGAGCUCGCCCCCCUGCCUAAACGCAGCAGAGCUGGUUCAGUCCAAGGAGCCGCGCACCUCCACCCGCCAGCAGAUGUCACUGUGCCACGAGCUGCACACACUGUUCAGGGUCAUGUGGUCGGGCCGAUGGUCAUUGGUGUCGCCCUUUGCCAUGCUACACUCUGUGUGGAACCUGAUCCCAGCGUUCCGCGGCUACGACCAGCAGGACGCCCAGGAGUUCCUGUGUGAGCUGCUGGACAAGGUACAGCAAGAGCUGGAGUCAGAGGGCAGCAAGCGCAGGAUCGUCAUCCCCAUCACCCAGAGGAAGCUCUCCAAGCAGGUGCUCAAGGUCCUCAACACCAUCUUUCACGGACAGCUACUCAGCCAGGUGACUUGUCUGUCCUGUAAGCACAAGUCGAACACGGUGGAGCCGUUCUGGGACCUGUCCCUGGAGUUCCCGGAGCGCUACCACAGCACGGAGAAGGGCUCGGCUGCGUCUCUGGCCUACCAGCGCAGCUGCUCCCUCACUGAGAUGCUGGCCAAGUUCACUGAGACGGAGGCUCUGGAGGGCAGCAUCUAUGCCUGCAACCACUGCAACAGGAAAAGACGGAAGACGUCCCACAAGCCCCUGGUUCUGUCAGAGGCAUGUAAGCAGCUGCUGAUCUACCGCUUACCUCAGGUUCUACGGCUGCACCUCAAACGCUUUAGAUGGUCAGGCCGGAACCACAGGGAGAAGAUUGGCGUCCAUGUGGCCUUUGACCAGGUUUUGAACAUAGAGCCCUACUGCUGCACAGACUCGGGCCAGUCGGUUCACAGAGAGGGCUACACCUACGACCUGUCUGCUGUAGUCAUGCACCACGGGAAAGGCUUUGGCUCAGGGCACUACACUGCAUACUGCUACAACACAGAGGGAGGUUUCUGGGUCCACUGUAAUGACUCUGAGAUGAACGUGUGCAGCGUGGAGGAGGUGUGCAACACUCAGGCCUACAUUUUGUUCUAUACCCAGAGGUCUGCCUAGACCCCUCUCUCUCCUACACCCUACACCAGGGUGUACUACCUGACUGAUGUCUACCUGGUCUGGGGGACUGAGACCUAUAUCUGUGUCUGUUGCCUAGGGGUCUGCCUGGGCAUGUUACACUUCCUCUACCAGGCUACAUCCUGGUUUACACCUAGAUUUGCCCUGGCUUGAAACAACUCAGCCCACAUUUGUUGAGUCUGGUAUGCUAACAGCCAUGUGAGAGCUACUGAACGUUGUACCACAAGGGAAAGCAACGUUGAUCACGGUUAGUUAUAUAUUUCACCAGGUGUCAAAGUGCUUUACAUUGUAUAGGAGUUAACUUGCCUCAUCCUCCACCAAUGUUUAUUAUCUCCCUCCUAGGGUGAUGAACAGCAGCCAUUUGGAACGGAAUAGGAAUCCUUCCGUGGCUAAACUAAUUGAGUUUCCCUUUUGUGGCUCAGGAUCAGAGAUGAUUAAUUGCAUCAGGUGAUUCAGAGCCUGGGUGGAUUAUGGCAAGCCUGCAGAUACUAUCAGACACUCCAUAACCAAUGUUGCCUAGCCUACCUCUGUUCUGUAUUCUCAACCACAAUGAGAUGUCAGCCAAGGGCAUUUUAGUCUCCAACCCAGUGUCAUCUUUAUCUCACUAUGACCUUUCUCGUUCUGACACGUUCUGCUGUGGAUAUCUCAGGCUUGAAGGCCUUGGUCUGGGCCAACAGAAUGAAUGGUAUAGAUGGUGUGUAGAUAUUCCUUGAUGUACUCCGUUUCCCUACCUUGAAUUGAGGUAUGGGGUUGUGUGGCAGACAGCUACUUUGGAGAUGGAUGGAAACUGUAUUGAGCCAACUGGCGUCAUGCUGCACCUUUAUGGAGGAGGGGCUUAGGUUAUUGAUCCCAUGAUCAAUGGGCUCCUUCUGAUAUUUUAUUGACUUCUAUGUCAUGUGGCAGCUCUCUUCUCCUCCUACCUUAAUUGUAGAGGCUAGUUUAGGCUCUGGUUGGAGUCCGGUAACUCAGUUCAUGGGUAGAAAUGGAUGGAAGAAUGAACAAAGGACUGAGAUAUUGGAGAGUGUGUUGUUGGGAUAAUUGUUUGGGUUAAGAGGGGUACCCAUUUCACUGGAGUGGAGCACCUGCAAGCAAUAUACGUGUGACAUCAUGACAUGAAAUCCAAGAUAAAAUCAGGAAUUCUUCAGCUUUGUAAUACGUAGUUUUUUUUCUACUCUGCUGUUUCUAUUUGGGGUCUUAAUAGUUUGCCAGAUUCUCAAGAGUUAUUGUACUGCUGGUCUUGAUAUGAAUCAAAUACACUGAACAAAAAUAUAAAUGCAACAAUUUCAAAGAUUUUACAGAGUUAAGGUACAUAUAAGGAAAUCAGU